AUGUCUCUGCAUAAAGAAAUUUGUAAAUAUAUUAUAAAAUCGGGUUCAAAACCUAUUCAAAAAUUUGAAUAUGAACCUACUAAGAGAAAAACUAGCAAAAUAACAGAGCUUUUUAAGAAAUUUAUUUUUCCUUCUUAUUUUAAAUUUAUCCGAGCUCCAUAUGAAAGGUGGCAAUUUUGUGCAACAACAAAAUUUUUAAGAGAGCAUGGGUUGAUGUAUGAUGAUAUGUACAGCGAUAAAGACCCAGUUAUUGAAAGAGCAAUUUCUUUAUUACCAAAAGAUAUACAAAUAAAAAGAUAUAGAAGAAUGUUAAGGGGUACCCAUAUAAAUUUUCUAAGACUAUAUUUACACCCCUCAGAACAAAAUUACGACCCAUAUAUACCUUACCUUGCUCCAUAUAUUGAAGAAGCAAAAUUUCAAUUACAAGAAGAAGAAGAAUUAUUGGGUUAUCAUCCUUACGAUAGAAGGUUAUAUACUGGUGGUACAACUGGUUUCGGUGAUUUGGAGCCUGGUAUGCAUUUUCUCGUUUCAAUUCCGAAUCUUUAUGGAGCAGCUAUUCCUCAUACGAAAAAAAAGUAA